AUGUUCGCCAAGCUCCUGUUCCCUCUUCUCGCGCUCUCCGGUGCCGUCCUCGCCAUCCCGCACGGUUCCAGCGGCGCGAGCUCGUGCGCGAGCGGUCCCGUGCAGUGCUACAACAGCGUCACGCCAGCGAACGACGUCGACGCGGCGACGACCACGCUCCUCGGUUUGCUCGGCCUCGUCCUUGACGUGGAGUGUACCCGGUGUGCUGCGAGAACAACGAAUUCAGUGAGCUGGGCGAUUGACUUGGAGUCUCUUGCAUGCGGAUUGAUCAACGUUGGCUGCUCGCCGGUCGUUAUCAACCUCUAA